CCGCCUUCCAAGAAGCAGCCUCCUUCUAAGAAGCCCUCCCCUUCCCUCCUCCCCCUUGUGCGCGGGCGACGGCUCCGCGGCAAGCCGAGCGGAAGAGGCGGCAACACCAUCGCUUCCGCGCGGCGUGCCGCGCUGGCGGGCAUGUGUGACCAGUCGCGUCGGCCCCCGCGGCCUCGGGCGCAAGAGGGGCCCGCUCCCUCCGCGUCGCUCGCCCAAUGGGGCUGUACCCCUCCGUCCGGGACAGCCUGCUGCCCCCAGCGGGGCGCGCCGAGCGUGGCGCCGCUGCCGAGGCCUGGCGCUCGUCCGUCAUGGUGCUCUCAGGCUUCCUGUCGGGCGCCCUGGCCUACGUGGUGGCGACGCCCCUGUGGCUGCUGAAGACGCGGGCGCAGACGGCGGCCCAGCUCCACAGCGAGGGCCGUGCGCCGUCCAGGGAGGUCAUCCUGCCGCGGACCGCGCGGGGGUACUACCGGGGGGCCGGCCCGCUCGUGCUCCGGGGGGCCCUCGUGACAGCGGGGCAGAUGUUCGGGUACGACUACGCGAAGGGGUCAUUGAAGGGCGCGGGCCUGCUGGCGGACGGGCCCGCUCUGCAUGUCGUCGCCGGAGCCGCGGCGGGCUUCUGGGCCUCGACCUUGUCCGCGCCGGCCGACGUCGUCAUGACCAGGUACCAGAUCCCCGCAGCCGUGGAGCCGAGCCUGCCCGCGUGCGUGGCUCUGGUGUGGCGAGAGCCGGGGCCUCGC